AUGGGAGAUACUUCGCUCGUGGGCGAGAGAGGGGAAUUUAAGAGAUUCCCAAAGCUUCCGUUGGAGUUGAGGAACAUGAUAUGGAAGGAGGCUGCUAUAGUUCCUCAAUUUGUGAUGAUUGGAAUGAUUGAAGUUGCUCCCUGGCUGAAAGCUGUAACUUUCUUUACUAAGCCACCAGCUAUCCUUCAUGCCUGCUCAGAGUCUCGGCUUGCUGCUCUGCCCGAGUUCGAGAUCGCCUUCACUAAGAAUGCUCAUGAGGGAGACGGGAUGUACUUCAACUUCUCUAGAGAUGCUCUGUCAUUCAAAGGCUUUGACGCAAUUAACGACUUCUUUUUCGAUGGACACCUCUACCCUCAAGUCCGUCUCUUCUACCAACCUGGCCGGAGGCUUUUCGCUCUGUCAUUUGAAGAACUGACCACCGCGAAGCGAUUGGGUGCUCGAAGUCUGAGGAUAUUAGGACAGCCAUCGCACGUUAUUCUCGUCCGUGAACAAGGGUCAGAUCUUGGAUUGGAUGAAACAAAUGCAGGAUGGAUCAAAGAGUUCUGGACUCGCACCAAUGGUCACGUCAGGAAUGGAGAGGUUUACCCAUGUUCUGAAGUUUCAGCCCUGACGUAUGGGAGAUGGAGACAAGACUGCAGGAGAAACUUGGUUUACAAUGAGAAACCAACAACUGCUCCGUUCUAG